GCCAAUGAACAACCGUAGAAUGUAUUCUAUGAAAAUAUAAAAACUAGUAGCGUAAAAUUACGCAUGUUAGCUGUUGAUAAAUCCGAAUAAUCGUAAUAAGUACAGAUUUAUUUAGAAAGAAAAUGAAAUAAAGUGGUACAUAUGAUCGUGUAUAGUUUAUUAUAUAUGUAUGUACAUGUUACUUGUUACCAUGAGUAAUGUCGGUUAAUUUUUAACCUUAAUCUUAACCUCAACAUCGGUUGAGUAACAGCGGUGCAACAUGGAAAAUCAAAACGGAAUGACAGUUAAAAGCAAUAAUCCUGCUCCCACAGUGGAACAGAUAAAUGCUGAUCGUAUAACACAGCUUGCAAAUAAGUAUUGGGCGCCGCAUACAAUGGAUUCACAUCUUUCAUUUAGUUCUCAAAUAGUAGAAGAUAUUUAUGUCCAAGAAAUAUGCGCGUCUAAAUUCUCUAUUCGAAGAAUCAUGAUGUUAGAAUUCAGCCAAUACCUAGAAAACUUCCUAUGGCCGAAUUACAAUGCAAAAACUGCAACUCGUGCUCACACCAUGUCCAUUGUUGUCAUGGUUAAUGAGAAAUUUCGAGAAAGGGUUCAAGUUUGGGAGGCAUUUGAAAAAAGCCCUGAACAUUUUCCUGAGUUCUUUCAAAACGUUUUGGAAGCAUGUCUUGAAGAGAGUAUAAUGGACUUUGAUUUGAAGGAGCAAACAGCAUUGAUUGUUUUCUUAAAUCAUUGUUUUAAUUCCAUGGAAGUAUUACUGGUUAGAGAAGAAGUGAAAAGACUUGUGUCAUUAUCUAUGUGGAUUUCACUGCAACAAGGUCGUAGAGAAUUGGAGUUCAGAAAAUAUCCAAAGUGGAGAAAGUACUGGAAAGUCAUAAGGAAAAAGGAUAAUCCUCAAUACAAAGAGAAGUUAGAAUGGGAACGUAAAUUUUUACACAAAUUGAUGAUAAAAUUUAUGACAAUAUUGGAAACAAUAUCAGAAGAAGGACCACUUUUAUCAGAUAAGGUACGAUAUUGCGAGAGAUUUCUCGAGCUGGUAAUAGAUUUAGAAGCUCUAUUACCAACUAGACGGUUUUUCAAUACAGUUAUGGACGAUUGUCAUUUGGUAGUAAGGUGCCAGCUAUCCAAUUUAUUACAUCGCCCGGAAGGUGAAUUAUUUGGCCAGCUGUUGGAAAUGUUGAAGUUUUACGCGAGAUUCGAGAUCAACGAAGAAAGCGGUGAUCCUCUGACUGAUCAUGACAUGACACAAUUGCACUACACUAAGAUCACCUCGCUUCAGAAAGCAGUUUUUGCGAAGUUCCCGGACUUGCGAAGCUUCGCGUUGGCGAACGUGGCGAGCGUUGACACAAGAGAGGCUCUUUACAAGCAUUUUGGUUUGCUCAGUCAAGAGAAGCUAAGAUCGAUCGCAAGCUACCUGAGCUUGGUGCCAUCGGAAGAACGCGAGAAAGACGAAAAUUGGUACCGGUACGACAUAGAAUUUCUUCGAGAGCUUUUGAUUUCGCGUCACGAGCGAAGAGCUUCUCAGUUAGAGGAGCUCAAUGAAAUGCCACUUUAUCCGACAGAGGAGAUCAUCUGGAACGAGAGCAUCGUGCCAACGGAAUAUUUUUCUGGAGAAGGUUGUCUAGCCUUGCCGAAAUUGAAUCUGCAGUUUCUUACGUUGCACGAUUAUUUAUUGAGAAAUUUCAAUCUAUUCCGGCUUGAAUCAACUUAUGAAAUACGGCAAGAUAUCGAAGACGCUGUAAGCAGAUUGAGCCCUUGGCAAGCCGAAGACGGUGGUGUUUACUUUGGGGGUUGGGCUAGAAUGGCUCAACCUAUUACACAGUUUGCUGUAGUCGAAGUAGCAAAACCUAAUAUUGGCGAGAAAAGACCGUCCAGAGUACGUGCCGAUGUUACGAUAAAUUUAAGCGUGCGUAAAGAGAUCAAGUCCGAAUGGGAAAAUCUCCGAAAACACGAUGUUUGUUUCCUCAUUACAGUUAAACCACAAAAUCCAAUUGGUACUAAAUACAGUCACAAAUUACCUUUUGUACCACAAGUUGGACUAACAACUGUCCGAGGAUGUGAAGUUGAAGGUAUGUUAGAUUCAAAUGGUAGAGUAAUCGAAGAUGGUCCUGAACCACGACCGAUUUUACCUGGAGAUACUCGCACAUAUAGAGUUUGGCUAGAUUGUAAUCAAUAUAGAAUCGAUAUGGACAAUGCUAGCCAUGGUGGUGAAGAUGUGUAUGAAAGUUUUAACAUCAUAAUGAGACGCAAGCCCAAAGAGAACAACUUUAAAGCAGUUUUGGAAACAAUAAGAGAGCUUAUGAAUACGGAAUGCGUCGUACCCGAUUGGCUUCAUGAUAUAAUUCUUGGAUAUGGUGAUCCUGGAGCUGCUCGUUAUUCCAGAAUGCCAAAUGAAAUUGGUACAAUGGAUUUCAAUGACACGUUCCUCGAUAUAAAUCAUUUGAAAAGCAGCUUUCCUCAAUACGAGAUUAAAGUUUCUACUGAUAAUGAGUCGAAAUUAGUGCGCCCUUUCCGUUUAACAUUUGAAGAUGUGCUUGCAAAACACAAUGAUGAACCAAUAAAGAAAGUCAUUAAAGUUGAACCUCACGUGCCACCCAGUAGAGGCCCUUAUAAAGCUAAUGAACCAAAAAAAAAUCAAAUUCCUUUUACACCAACACAAGUCGAAGCCAUUCGUGCAGGUAUGCAACCAGGAUUAACGCUUGUCGUAGGUCCACCUGGUACUGGCAAGACGGACGUUGCUGUACAAAUUAUAUCAAAUCUUUAUCAUAAUUUUCCGAAUCAAAGGACUCUUAUAGUUACGCAUUCUAAUCAAGCGCUUAAUCAACUUUUUGAGAAAAUUAUGGCGCUUGAUAUAGAUGAAAGACAUUUAUUGCGUCUUGGUCAUGGAGAAGAAGCACUAGAAACUGAGAAAGAUUUUAGCAGAUACGGUAGAGUUAAUUACGUUCUCGCUAAACGUUUGGAUCUUUUAAUGGAAGUUCAAAGAUUACAAGAAUCCUUAAAUGUAAAAGGUGAUGUGGCAUAUACGUGUGAAACAGCAGGGCACUUUUUUAUGUAUCAAAUACUAACAAGAUGGGAACGCUUUGAAACCAGAAUUAAGCAAAGACAAGGAACAGGAAAUAAUGUACCUCCUGCUUUUAUUAUAGACGAAGAAUUUCCAUUUCAUAAAUUCUUUGAUAACGCGCCGAAACCAUUGUUUAAACGGAAUUCUUAUGAAGAAGAUCUUGAAAUAGCAUGUAGUUGUUUCCGAUAUAUAGAACGGAUAUUUGCUCAGUUAGAAGAGUUCAGAGCUUUCGAAUUAUUACGAUCCGGCUUAGAUAGAUCAAAAUAUUUAUUAGUCAAAGAAGCAAAAGUUAUUGCUAUGACUUGUACUCAUGCUGCUCUUAAGAGACGAGAACUAGUAGAUAUGGGGUUCAAAUACGACAACAUUCUUAUGGAAGAGUCUGCUCAAAUUUUAGAAAUUGAAACUUUCAUACCAUUGUUACUACAGAAUCCUCAAGACGGAUAUAAUAGAUUGAAACGUUGGAUAAUGAUAGGAGAUCAUCAUCAGCUACCACCAGUUAUUAAAAAUAUGGCCUUUCAAAAAUACUCAAAUAUGGAACAAUCUCUUUUUGCAAGAUUUGUUCGAUUGGGUGUUCCUACAGUUGACCUUGAUGGCCAAGGCCGUGCAAGACCUAGUAUCUGCAAUCUGUAUAAUUGGCGUUACAAAAAAUUGGGUAAUCUUGUACACGUGGAGAACAGCCCAGAGUAUUUAGUGGCAAAUGCUGGAUUUUUAUAUGACUUUCAACUUAUCAACGUCGAAGAUUUCAAUGGAGUGGGUGAAAGUGAACCUAGUGCCUACUUUUAUCAAAAUCUCGCUGAAGCUGAAUAUUGCGUUGCUGUGUUUAUGUAUAUGCGUCUUCUUGGUUAUCCGGCCGACAAAAUUAGUAUAUUAACAACUUAUAAUGGACAAAAGCACUUAAUAAGAGAUGUGAUAAACAUAAGAUGUGCCAGCAAUCCUUUGAUAGGUCGACCAAAUAAAGUAACGACAGUUGAUAAAUAUCAGGGUCAACAAAACGAUUAUAUAUUAUUGUCUCUUGUGAAAACUCGUGCUGUGGGUCACUUACGAGACGCGCGACGACUAGUAGUUGCUAUGUCAAGAGCGCGUCUUGGCCUUUAUGUUUUUGCUAGAGUGUCUCUUUUUAAAAACUGUUUCGAAUUAACACCUGCAUUUGCUCAGCUAAUGCAACGACCUUUGAAACUACAGCUUCUCCCUCAAGAGCAUUAUCCUACUGAAAGACUCAACGAUGCUAUUCCCUCCACUUCACCAAUGGAAAUUGAAGAUAUGCCACAUAUGGCCAAAUUUGUCUAUGAUUACUACAUAGAAAAAGUUAGUGGUAUGAAAGAAUCACAAAAGGUGUGGCAGAAACCGGGUAUGGUACAAACACCUAAUAGUCCAUCUUACAAAGUACCUGCCCAUCCUGGAGCAGAUGAUGAUACAGAUGAUGAAGAAAUUAAUCAAAUAGAUGUUGAACAAGAAAGUAUCAAAGAAGAAGAAGAAGAAGACAAAGAACCAAAAUUUGUGUUGAUUAAAAAUUUAGUUGAGGACCCAAUUUCGGAAAACGAGGAUGAUCGUUAAGAAUAAAUCCUAUAAAUGAGCUUUGAGUAAUAAUAAACAAAUAUUUUUACUGAAAAUAGGCUCUUUUUUUUAUUAAAAUUAUAUUUAUUAUACAAUAAAAUGAAAUUGAAUGUUAUAGAAAGAUUAGAAGAUAUUUGUAUUCAUUGUAAAUAAUAUCAUAUUCCCAUA